AUGGCCGACCUCUCACUUGGCCCGCUGAGGAUUGCGAAUCCCGACGACGCUUCGCCAGACACCGCCCUACAACCUCAGGCGUCCGCCUCUCAGUUCCCCCGGGUUUCGCCCCUGGUCGACGCCGAUGGGAGGACAGAAUAUAUCUCCGCCACCCCUCAACGCUCUCGCAGCCCGGUAUCCCCAAUGGAGUCCGAGACCAGCCCCGAAGACCUCCCAUCCCAGGCGGUAGCUUCCUCCCCGUUCUCGUCAAUACCGUCGAAUGCGCCUUCUCAGCCUACGUUCCCCCAAAAGAACGCGUCUGCAGAGCGGCUCGCCCCGCGACAAAACAUCCCCUAUAAUUAUCAAGAUCAGCAACAAGCACAGUUCCCUCAGUACCCGACCAUGAUGCCUCAAAACCUCCACGACCCCCGGUCCAACGCCUCACGUCCAGGGUCGGCGUAUUACACUCAAUUGCCGGUCAACGGUGCCGCCGCCAAUGGGGUUUCCCGGCAAGGAUCGUAUAGAGUUCGCAGUGAUGGCUCAAGCUCGACGGGGUUUCCUCAACGGACGUCCUCCAAGCGCUCGGGGCUAGGAGAUGUCGCGGGGGUGCCAUCAAGAGACGAUAGUCACACCGAGAGAGCAUAUGGUCAAGGACAAUAUACUCCGGGCAACGGUCCUUUGCCUCCGCGACGAACGUCUCGAGGCGUCGCGGGACCCCGCAUGGGAACCACGCCCACCGGCACGACACCACUCUCAACCACCCCUAUUUCCAUUCAGACACCCCUGUCGAGUUCUCCGUACAAUAUGGAAGAUCGGCCGUUGACCAGUGCCGAGGAAUGGCAAGAACGGGGAGCCGCCGUCGGCCUCAAGAAGGAGAUCGGGGCUGACGGCACCGUAGCUUACAAGCCGGUCAAGAAGGGCGUGAGGGACUUUAAUUUUGGCCAGACACUCGGAGAGGGCUCCUACAGUACCGUCCUCGCCGCGACAGAUCGAGCCAGUGGAAGACAGUAUGCCAUCAAGGUCCUGGACAAGCGGCAUAUCAUCAAAGAGAAGAAGGUCAAAUACGUUAAUAUCGAGAAAGACACUCUGAACCGCUUGACAGACCACCCCGGCGUGGUCAGACUCUACUACACAUUCCAAGAUGAGCGGUCCCUGUACUUUGUGCUGGAUUUGUGUCCGGGUGGCGAGUUGCUCGGAGUCCUGAAGCGAAUGUCGACUUUUGAUGAGGAGUGUACUCGAUUCUACGGCGCACAGAUAUUGGACACCAUCGAGUACAUGCAUAGUCGCGGCGUUAUACAUCGCGAUUUGAAGCCCGAGAACCUGCUGCUGGACGACAACAUGCAUAUCAAGGUCACAGAUUUCGGGACGGCCAAACUGCUUCCUGAGAGGCGAAAUUCCGAUGGCCGGGUCGAUUUCGAACCUGAUUCCACGUCGGCGGAGAAUAGGGCCAACUCGUUUGUGGGAACGGCAGAGUACGUGAGUCCCGAGCUGCUGACCGACAAGAAUGCAUGCAAGGCGAGUGAUAUGUGGGCCUUUGGUUGCAUUAUCUAUCAACUAUUAGCUGGACGGCCGCCUUUCAAGGCCGUCAACGACUAUCAGACCUUCCAGAAGAUUGUUGCCCUCGACUACGAAUUCCCCCGGGGCUUUCCAGACGUCGCUCGAGAUCUGGUCGAGCGAUUAUUGGUUCUCGACCCUCAAAGACGGUUAUCACUGGAGCAUGCAAAGAACCAUUCUUUCUUCACCGGGAUUCGAUGGGGUCGCGACUUGUGGAAGCAGAAGGCACCACGGUUAAAGCCGUAUGUUCCUCCAGCGGCACCGCCCAUCAAACUCAACGGCAGCGGUGCACAGGACAGCUAUCCGCCCGACAUUGUCCCUGGUCACAGCACGCAUCCCACCAUGCUGCCCCCCAACAACCAAAAGCCGCUGCCGCGAGUUGUCACAGAACUCCCACCCCCCAGCCAACUCGAUAUCGAAUGGUCUCCUGUUCUCACGAGAAACAACGAGAGGAUCCUCAAAUUAGGCAAUCUGUCGGUAUUGUCGACGCCCAACCCCCACAGUCCGCACAGCAACGAAGCCGGAGGGAAACUGUCGAGAUUGUUCGGUGGCAGCAACAACAAGAAACGGCAAAGAUUGGUCAUGGUGACAUCGAGUGCCCGAAUCAUUAUUGCGGCGGCUGGUGGAGAGGAGAAGAAGUCCAAGUCCGAGAUCUCACUCCUCUCGCCAGGCACCGAAUACUCCAGUGCGACAGAUUCCAAGGGAGUGACUCAGUGGAUUGUCAAUACGAAGGAUCGACACUACGUGUUCGAGGACCCGAAGCCACAGUCUGGCGAUCAGAUGUCGACGGCUGUUGCCGCGCAGGAAUGGCUGGAUGCACUGGGGCGGGCACGAGAAAUUGCGAUAUCUCUGCAGAUGCAGAAUGCCAACAACACGUACUCAAACGACGACGACGCUCUCAAUCUCACGUCCUCGGCGUUGUCGAGUCAUGCCAGCACCAUGGACCAAGCGACAGAUCUAAGUCCCCAUAGUGUGAACCAGUCCCACUCGGGGCGAGGAAUGCUGCACAAGCAACAUUCAGGCGGCGAUGCAGAGUCGCUGAAGGGGAGAAAGCGGUUCAGCAAACGGCAGUCCAAAAGUGGACUGACUGCAGUCUUCUAG